AGAACCACUGAUCAGUACAUCACUGUCUCCCGUGGUGUGCAGUUGGCGUUGAGGACUUAAUUUUUUUUUUGCUACAAUAUGCUGCGUAUGGUGUUAUUCGCUUUUGUAGCGGCCGCGUCCGCUAGCGCCGUCCACGAGGGGAAAUGCCCUGACUUCAAGCCGGUGGAUAACUUCAACUUGACCGCCUACCAAGGAGUGUGGUAUGAAAUCUCCAAGACGCCCAACGACGCAGAGAAGAAUGGCAAGUGUGGACAAGCGGAAUAUAAAUUGGAGGGCGAGGUGGUGAAGGUGAAGAAUUCUCACGUGGUAGACGGAGUUCAGAAGUACGUUGAAGGCACCGCCAAGUUUGCUGAAGACGCCAAUAAGAGUGCUAAACUCUUGGUGACCUUGACCUAUGGAGCCGUAAACCGAGAAUCUCCGCUCAACGUUAUCGCGACUGAUUAUCAAAACUACGCGAUUGCAUACACUUGCAAAUAUGAUGAAAAGAGCAAGUCACACAAUGAUUCCAUAUGGAUCCUGUCCAGGGCAAAGAAAUUGGAAGGCGAUGCCAAGACAGCCGUCGACAACUAUCUAAAAGAGCAUGCUAAGGAAAUCGACGCCUCUAAAUUGGUUCAAACCGACUUCUCUGAAGAAGCGUGCAAGUUCACAAGUACUAGCGCUGUGACAGAGCCACAGACAAAAAAACAAUGAGUCGAUGUCUCUUUAUUAAAAUAUGUUCUCAUAAAUAAUUACAUGUCGCAAUAAUAAUUGUCCUUUAGUUGUAGCAUUUUUCUCUGACUAUAUAGGCAAAUGGCAAUCGAGCCUAAUUGUAGAUAGGCGUUCGCGAUCGAGGCAAAACGAGACGCUAAAAGUGCUGUCUAAUAGUAGAUAAGAGAAAGAUUGAGACGUAAGAGAAAGAUUGAGACAGUAAACGUGCCUUAUCUAUUUCGUAUAAUCUAUAUUUUAAUUUGCCAUUUCCACUGACAGAGUAAUUACAACGUGCAAUUAUACUAGUUACUUGUAAUGCAAGCUCGGUAGAUACGGCCGUAAUAUGGCAGAUUAAACAAAAAAAAAAUUCCUAAUUCAAUUCUUGUCAGUUCUUUUUUUUUUUUUGUGACAGAGUAAUUAUUUUAACGUUCAGAUUUUAUAAUUUUAUUAAUAGACUAGAUUAUUUUUGUGAAAUAGCGUGAAUGAGAUCUGAUAUAUUAUAUUACAAUAAAUAAGUUUAAAUAAACAAUAAUAUGUCGGUGAAUAAUACUGAUAUCAUUUUAGGCAUAUAACAAAAUAGUUCAUUAUAUUGAAUAGUCGACUUAAUUGAACAUUCAUUGCAUAAAUGGUUUGUGAUAAAAUAAAUUAAGUAGAUUUUAUUGAUAAUAUUAUUUAUUGGAUUAAAUAAAUUCUUAAGCGAUA